AUGUCUCUAAGAUACAACACCGACGGCCUCGGCUUCACUUACAUCGCCCUUGUCAUAGCGUGGACGUGUCUAUUGCUGCCGGCUGCAAUAUUCCUCCUGCGCAAUCGACACCUGCCUUUCCUGCGCAUGCGGAAUAUUCCCUUGACUAUCAGCGCUGUUGCGGUCUUACAUGUCUACUGGGUUCUGUGCAUGAUUGCAUAUGUGCUGAACGGAUUUUUCCCGUGUGCUACCGAGUAUUGGAUCAUGAGCAUCUACCUACCUGUGGGUAUCGCCUUGUUUCAGGCUACAAACUCCCAACUGUUCUCGAUUGCCACGGCGCAAAAGAGAUACGCACAAGGCGAUAUUCUCGUUGAGACAAGAAUUCCAAGCCCCAAGAUAAGAGGAUGGCGCACGUGGUGGGCGAAGCUCAAGACAUACAAUGCUACCAAGAACACAAUGGCAUGGAUUGGUAUCGCCAUGAUCGUCCAGCUUGUUUUGGCCUUGAUUGUCUUCCUUGUCUCGCGACAAUUCCAUCCUGGAUUCGGUGUGACUGGCCAUGCCACAACUAGAGGAGAUUGUCGAAGAGGCUGGGCAUGGAUGCCGUCGAUUGCAUGGCAGAUAUUCUGGUCUUGGAUUUACGCUCCAGUCCUUCUCUGGCGUGUCCGGAACAUUCAUGAUGUCCAUGGAUGGCGCAAACAGACAAUUGCCUGUAUCCUUGCUGGGUUGCCGGCCUCUCCAAUGUGGCUUGUCGCACUCUAUGCCAAGGGAAUGAAGCCAGUAGACAACUACGUCGUCCCUCCUCUAUGGUUCUCUCCUUCCAUUGUCAUCAUGCAAGGCUCGGUCGUGUUUGUCCCGUUCUUCCAAAUCUUCAUGAAUCGAAAAUUGCAAACCGAGACACGAGAAAUCAUCGCGGAGUGGGAAGAAAAGCACAAAUCAAGCGGUUCUUUCACAUCAGGUUCCACCAAAAUCGCGGCUAGAUCCAGAUUUUGGCGUCCUCACUUCCAAAAGAGUAUGAAGGAUCCGAGUAUUCGUCCUGGAGACAUGUAUACCAUGGGCGCACUCGAGACGGCACUAAAGAUUGAUCCAACUCGUCUUCUCACAUUCUCGGCUCUGAGAGACUUUUCUGGCGAAAACAUCAGUUUCUUGAUCCAUGUAAGAGAAUGGAAGGCCAAGUGGAACUCUGGACGUCCCAAGACAAGCAUGCUUCACAAAGAAACCCCAGUCAAGACUUAUGAUCAAGCAAUGACUCGACAACAGUUUCAACAAGCUGUCGGUAUCUAUGCUUCGUUCGUGAGUUUGAAAUACUCGGACUUCCCAAUCAACAUCUCGUCUGGCCAGCUUCGACAACUGGAGGCGACGUUUGAACAAUAUGCAGCCUUGGUCUGUGCCGAAGCCGCUUGCAAUUCUGCCACGCCUUUCGAAGACUACUGGUCUUCGACUGUCUCAGAGGAUUUGGAAAGUCAACCGGGAAGAGAUCAGUUUUCAGUCGUAUCCACUGCCGUUGGCGAUGGCGAAAAGUACGAGUCAAACCCCGAGGCGGUCCAGACACGUCAAAUUCAAGAGCUCAAGAUGACCAACUUCGGAGAGAGAUUACCUGCCAGUAUUGGAAUACCAGAUACAUUCGACGAGAAGGCUUUUGACAAUGCUGAACAGAGUAUAAAAGAGCUGGUUCUGACAAACACCUGGCCUAAAUUCGUCAGACACGGACAUAUGCAACCAGCUGUCAAAUCGGCUUCUACUUCUCAGUUGCGGGCGGCGAUGGAAGCUUGUCGAACCAGACUUCCCAGAUGGCGCAAUGGGUUCCGCAAGUAA